AUGUUUAAAGAAUUUCAGCAGCUUCCACUAAACGUAAAAAUUAAAAUGAUUGCCACAAACGGAAUUGAGGAAAAUGGAAUUGAUUUAGGAGGUAUUUUAAGAGAUACGCUAUCAGAGUUUUGGAACACGUUUUUUGAAAAGUGUACCGUUGGUUCUGGCACAAAAGUACCAUGCAUUCGACAUGACUUUGGCAAGAACGAGUGGGAAGCAAUCGCCAAAAUUUUAUGCUUCGGAUAUAAAACAGAGAAAUAUUUUCCCUAUAAACUAUCUAAAUGUUUUAUAAUUUUUUGUUUUUUUAACAAGGUUUCGGAUUUAUCAAAAAACUUUCUUCUUUUUGUUGGCAGUGCUGAUUCUGACAUUAUAAAAGAAGCGCUCAAUUGUUUGUCAAAUGAAGACGAAUUUGAAAAUAUGGAAGAGUUAAUUGAUAUUGUAAGUAGAUACGAUUCGAAGUUUUUGCCUACAAAACAGAAUUUAAAAAAAUUACUAGAUGAAAUUGCUCAUAAAGAGUUUAUUCAAAAACCCAGUUAUAUUAUAAAUCUAUGGAAACCAAUUUUCAAGAAUUUACUAAGUGAGGAAGAUAUUGAAAAUAUUUAUAAAAAGUGUACACCAACUUUUAGAAACAUAAAUGACAAUUUGUGUCUACCCAAUACACUCACGAAAGAAAUGAUAAAUACAUAUGAAUAUUUAAAGGAGUAUCUACGAGAAUGUAACGACGAUAUGAGAGCAAAAUUUUUAAGAUUUUGUACUGGAGCUGAUUGUCUUAUAGUGAACUCACCUAUAGCAAUUCAAUUUACAAAUCUCGAUGGCUUCCAGAGGCGACCAAUAUCACAUACAUGCACCUCGACCUUGGAACUACCAACAACAUAUAAUAACUUGCCGGAUUUUAGAGAAGAAUUUAAUUCUAUUUUAAAUGCCAACUUUUGGAAUGUUGAAAUUGCCUAG